UGGAGAAACAACUACUGCUGUACAGUUGACUCACUGCUGGCAAUCCUUGUGGUUUCUAUACAUACGACCUAGGCGCCUAGCUAUAUGGAGCAAUCCUAAAAACACAGACACGAUCGUUAACUCUCUCUGCUGUGCAUGUCUCUCUGGACAAGCGAGCCAUGUACCUAAAUCCAAGAAUUGUGGGGUGUGGGGAGAGGACCCUGGUUCUGUCCCAUGGCUAUGGAGGGAGCCAGGCCAUCUGGGACAAGGUGCUGCCUCACCUGUCAAAGAACAACAAGGUGCUCCUCUUCGACUGGGAUUUCUCCGCUGCCGGCGCCGGAGAGGCGGAGGAGGAAGAAGAGGAAGAAGAGCGCUACACGUUCUCCAGGUUCGCGGACGCGCUGGUGGCGCUGAUGGACUCGGCGGAGCUGAGCGGCGCGGUGUACGUGGGGCACUCCAUGGCCGGCAUGAUAGGAUGCAUCGCUUCAGUCAAGCGGCCGGACCUCUUCGCCCACCUGGUCCUCAUCGGCGCCUCCCCGAGGUACAUGAACACGGCGGGCUACGAGGGCGGCUUCGACGCGCCGGACAUCCACGCGAUGCUGGCGGCCAUCCGGUCCGACUUCCGGUCCUGGGCCGUGGGCUUCGUGGCGCUCGUCGUGGGCUCCGUGGAGGUGGAGCCCGUAGUGGCGCGGAGCUUCCUGGCCAUGGACCCCAGGGUGGCCCACGGGCUGGCCCGCAUGCUCUUCCUGGGCGACCAGCGCCAGGUGCUGGGCCGCGUCGCCGUGCCCUGCACCCUGGUGCACGUGUCCCGGGACUUCGCCGCGCCGCCCGGAGUUGGCCGGUACAUGCAGGCACGCUUGAAGAGCGCCGCUCUGGAGGUCAUCGACUCCGUCGGCCAUUUCCCGCAGCUCCUCGCGCCCGGCGAGCUGAUCGGGAUACUCGACCGCGUGCUCCUCGGCCUUCCGGAGGCGGAGGCGGAGGUGAUGGAUUAAUUAAUGGGGAUUUUUGACGUCAUCGUGUGAAAGUGUAAAAGUACUGCGCUGUCAAAAAAAAAGGGUGUAAAAGUACUGCUGUUCGUCACUUGGUUUGCUUAUUUGGUCUCUGUUUGUGUCGUAUGCUGCGUUUGGGUUUCGUUAUAUUCUGUAGAAACAUUCAAUUCUGAUGUGCUUCGCGCUUGGAAUGUGUAUGUUAAUUAGGUAUUGUGACAUCCCGUUGCAUCUUGCUGUUUUGUUAGGACGUGUUGUGUUUUUCCUUGCAAGGAGAAAACUUCUGAUGCUUUUUUUACAGUAAAAAAACUUCUGAUUAUUGCA